UAGACAUGGCAAUUCAUUCCUCACGUGUCUUUGUUGUACCCGUAUGAAACCCUAAUCUCCAACAAUCCAACUUUUUCACUCCAACCAUCAUCUACGGCAAUCCUUUCUUCCCUCAGAUAUUCAAAUCAUCAAAAACCCUAAUCCUUCCAUACCAUACCAGUGAUUCGAACAAAGGUUAGCUUUAUCGCUACACACUUGGUUGGUGGGGGGUUUAUGCCUUGUGCUUUUUUGGUGUAGAUAUGCUAACCAUACGGGUGGUCUGUUGUUACCGGGAACCGGAACUAAAAAUGUCUUCUAGGUCAAAGUCAAAGGAUAAAAAAGCAGCUGGCAAAGAGCCAUUGAAGCCUUCCACCAAACCUACAACAAGUGCAAUUGUUGGCGGCAGUGCUCCUGCCAGCGGUUACAAUCCACUUCUGGGGACCUUUCAUUCACUUGAAACGGCACCGGUUUCUUCUGUUCCACCUGUUCAUGCAAAUGGCCGAUUUCGUGAUAUCGAUGAUACGGAUGACCCUAGUGGGAAUUCUGUUGUGGAAUAUGAUUGUGUGUCUAACAAUGGUAGUUGGUCGGGUGAGAGUGAAGAUCCAAAAGACAAACCGUCACAAGGGCCCACCUCUCGUCAAGAGGCAAGCCAUGGGGUUGAUAGUGACAAACGAGAAAAAAUCCGUCAAAAAAAUGAGAAAAAACACCAGAGACAAAAAGAGAGACGGGCCCAAGAGCUACAUGAACGUUGUUGUGGGUAUUUAAUGUCUAGAAAGCUAGAAGCACUUGCUCAACAGCUUGUUGCGAUGGGAUUUUCUUCAGAACGUGCAACAAUGGCUCUUAUUUUGAAUGAAGGAAAGUUGGAAGAAUCGGUCGCCUGGUUGUUUGAUGUCGGUGAAGAUUCGGUCAACCAAAAAGAACCCAAGUCUGACCAUGGUGGUGGUGGUGGUAAUUUGAAAGUUGACAUAUCACAGGAGCUUGCUCAGAUUGCUGACAUGGAAAUUAAAUUCAAAUGCUCAAAACAGGAGGUUGAACGAGCGGUUGUUGCAUGUGAGGGUGACCUCGAUCAGGCAGCAGAGCAUUUGUUAAAGUUUCAGAAGCAGGAAUCUAACGCCCCUCCGCCAAAGCCAGAAGAUAUUCAAACCGGUGUCCCUCCGAAACCGCCUGUCGGCAUCACUCAGAUGCCGCCAGCUUCACAGGUACACCAAUCAAAGCAGAAUCCAUCAUCGGGAGCCAUGAAUUUCCCAACAAUCGCUGUUGCGGCAGGGCGAUCUUCAGUGGAUCUUGGCGGCAAAAAUAUACAGCUGUUGAAGAAGGUUCCACCGGCCCCAUCUUUAGAAAAAAGGUGGGCGGUAGGUGGGUUGAGCUCGUCUGGUUCUUAUUCGUUGCCGUCUUCAUUGCAGGCGGCACCACCGCUAUCUAAAACCGAAGCACAGUACACAGGCGGUGUCGGAAAUGAGUUUAAGAAUCUCCAGAUCGGGUCAGUGAGAGAACCAGUUAUAAUGAUGCAGCGGGCACAGCCAAAGCAAAUACCAGCUGCAAGUAUGAGCUCCUCUUCUCAUAGUGUGGUUGAACCUGUAAUGGGCAUGAGCCCAAACGGUGGGUUCCAUGCUACAAGAAGCUUCAACGGUAAUACCCCAAGCUAUAGAACCAACCAACUGUAUGACCAGUUCCAUUAUCAGCCUCGACACGUGUCUAAUAGCGGUUUGAUGGACCAUCAUGGUGGUCAACCACCGGUUGCUACAAACCACUUGAAUAACAAUGGUCUAUGGAACAACAGGACGGUGGGCUCCACCUCCACACCUCCUUUGGCGGCUGCUACUUCUCUAGGACUGUUCUCCGGUUUUGGUUCAAACGGGAUUUCAAACCCGUCACAGGUAGAUUGGAACGGAGACUGGUCAUCACAGUUUGAUUACACCAACAUAGACUGGAGUUUAAAUCGGCUUCCUUCGCCAGCUGGCAGUGCAUUUAUACCAAACGGGUUGUGGAUGGGUGCAGGCUCUUCACCAGGUAGGAGUGCAGUAAAACCAGCAUCGUCAAUAGGAGGGUUGCACCGCCCUGAUGGGGUUGGGGUGGUUGGUGGUGGCUCAGAAGCGGCUAGUGGGGGUUCACGAGAAUGGACGUCUCCUUUUGAGGAGAAAGACCUGUUCAGUUUACCCAGACAGUUUGUUUCUUCGCCCUCUCUCUAGUUUGAAAAGAAUAAGAAAAAGAAAGAAAUGGUUUGAAAAUUAAAAGGAAAACAUGACUUUAAAACAUGUGUUAAUUGUUGUUGUCUGUUGGUUUUUUCAAUCAUGGGUGCCUCCUUACAUGCUUUUA